UAAAAUCCAUAUUUAAUGUUGCCUCGUAUCCCACCCGAUUUACUUGUCCUCAAAAGGGUAAUAGAAACCUUAAAACCGUAUUCCAAUGAAGUCACCGCAUGGAUCUAAUUACUCGGUAUAUUGUCCACUGAGCAGGUGAGUCGGAAGCGGAGAUUUGGUUGCCAUGGUUUCAAGCAAGUGUUGGGCUGGAGGUUGCUAGGCGACCGGACCUGACGUAAACGCCAUUUGAAAACGCCUGCAUCGCCACAACAAGCCGACUGCCGCUGCCGGUAGGACAUGCGAACAUUCCCUGUCUCGUCUUUUGGCCUGAUUCAGUUCUACCUGACAGUGGAACGGUGAGGAUUAUUAGCGGUGUGAGUGAUAGGGCGUAGUGUCGUCAUGUAGCGUCGUUUUCCGAAAAAUUAGCGGGCACGCAGCCGCACAAGCGCCAUGUAAUCACCACCUGUUCGGAGGCGAGGCUGAGGGAAGAUGAUGGAAGCGGCGGUGAACACCACGGUGCACGGGAACGGCAGCGUGCCGCCGCCCGAAGGGCUCAGCUUCACCCUCGCCCAGUCCAUCCCGCUGGCUUUCGUGCUGUUCCUGGUGAUCGUCGGGGCGGCGCUCGGGAACAUCAUCGUGGUGGGAACACUGGCGCAGACCUGGCCUAACACCAUCGGCAAGCCCGGGAACCUGCUGGUGUUCUGGCUGGCGGUGGCGGACGGACUGUUGGCGCUGCUCGUCAUGCCGUUCUCCCUGGUCACCACGAUCGGAGACAGCUGGAUCUUAGGAGACGUCUUCUGUCAGAUCGAAGGUUUCCUCUUCACGUUCCUGACCACCUCCUCCAACAUGGCGCUGGGCAUGAUCUCACUGAACAGGUACUAUAAAGUGUCCCAGCCAAGCGCCUCCGAAAACAUCGCCAGAGCCCGUGCCAAGAAGCUGCUCCUGUACGGCUGGAUCCAUGCCGCCGCCGUGGCCGUGACUGUGGUGUCGGGCUGGGGCAAUGUUUCCUCCGGGGAAGAUCUCGUGUGCCUGCCGACCUGGGACACCUCGGCCCGCUCGCUCACAAACCUGGUGUUCGUUAGCAUAGCCGCCUAUAUCCUCCCGUCUUGUAUCAUGGGCAUCACAUACUACCGCAUUUUCCACAUCGUCCGCCGCCGCUCCAAGAAGGUCAUCCCGCACGCGUCCUCCCUGAAGGAGUCCGAUCGCAACAACCCGCGAGGAAGCCUCGCCACCAACAACGGCGGCGCGCAGGGGAACGGAGCCGUGGCCGGCCCGAGCCGCCCGACCAACGGCACCGCACACUUCACCGUCCAGAGCAACGGCGCCAACGGAGUGUCCGUUCUGCCGCGAGCUGCCCAGACCCACAUGCACAGUUCGUACCAGAAGCAGGCCACAGAGAACAAGACGGUUGUGACGCUGCUGAUCAUCCUGGGGAUGUUCAUGGUUCUGUGGACCCCGUUCAUCAUCGUCACGUUCGUGCGCAGCUUCGCGCCGGAGCUGGUCGGACCGUCCACCCGCGCCAUCACCGUCCUCAUGGUCUUCGUCAACUCCGCCGCCAACCCGGUCGUCUACUCGCUCAGAAACACGUCGUUCCGCGCCGCCGCCAGGGACUUCGUGUGCGCGUGUGGCUGCUAAGAUAGCUCAGUGCCGCGGCGAGCGCUCUUCGCCAUGUUAAUGAAGCAGAUAGUCAGAGAUCAUGACUCAUCAAUUUUAAAAAGCCAUUGCAGGGAAUGCGGUGGCUGUAUGAACAGAACUUACGAAGGGACCAUGCUGCCAGAUGAUGUAGUUAACUUGUCUUACGAAGCUAUUAUACUAAGAAAUACGGGAAUAAUACGUGUAUAAUGUUGAUUUCGUCGAGAUAGGUUGAGUUUAUGGAGAAAACCCUGUAUGUAAGGGUAUAAUCUGACAUACAGAGGAAAAUAAAUCAGAAAUAUACACGUUGACUAUUGCUACCUUCCUUAUCAUUAGGUGCCAUAGGAGUCUCGUGUUUUACUGUGACCAAAGGUGAUUUUGCAAGGGAAAUCAUUUGUACAUUUUGUCUAUUUCAUUCAGUCUGAAUCUUAAACAUCAUUGUAUAAUUGUGAUUAUGAAAUUAUAUACUAGUUGUCAUGAUCGGAAAAAGAUAUAUCGUUCCAGAACUUGCUGACCAGACAAACGUCUCCAGCUGCCAGACAAUGAUUAAGAGUAAGUUGGAGAAGCCUAGGAGCUAGCCAUAUAGAAUAAACAUAAGAGAAAAAUGGUGGAACCUACAAGACAAGAUUGCCUAUUUGAAGUGACACAGGUGUUAUGAAGAAAGGUCACUUCACUUUGUGACAUUUGCCAUGCAGUAACAGACGUGCAAUCAAACACUUUGGCAGUAGACAAUUUGUACUUUAUAUAGAAGUCGCUUUUUGUAAAUUUGUAUUCCCGGGUCGCUCUUGACAAAAGGACUUGUGAUCUGAAAGUAAAUAUCGUAGCUAUCAAUCUGCUAUCGUUUCUGUGACCCUAAUCAGAUGACAGUGCCUACAUGUGCCAUUGUUGUUACGGUGAUUUGAUACUGUAUCAGUUCUUAUCUAGCUAGUAUAUGAAGUCGUAACCCUUAUGGAGGUACAUGUUAAUUUGUUAAAUAUGUUCUGUAAGAAAACAGAUGGAUCUAGAAGACGAACUCUGUGACUAUUUAUCUGUAGAUACUCAUCUUAUGUUAUAUGUACACAUGCGCGAAUAGGUUUGUAAUUUUUGUCUUUAAGUCCGAUCAGUCAGUUGUUAGAUUAUUUUAGAAAUAGGAACGUGUAAUAAUGACGACGUACAAAAUGGUUUGUGGUAAAUCUAUCGCAGAGACGAUCUAGUACAUUAGUAAUACAAAAUUGGUUGUUCUGUUAUGGAAUCGAUGAGUCGCGUGCCAUUGUGACAGAGUAUGCUGUUUUCAUCGUACUAAGAUCAGUAGUAGCUUUUGAGUGACAGACCGUUUCUUUGUGAAGCAAUGUAAAUGUAUCUCGAAGUGUGCAAUAUUUUCUUAUAUUUACAUCGUUCGUAAAAAGACGAGUAACCGUCAUGAACUCUCCGUAUCCGGUGUACAGUAUUCGGCAAUAAAAGAUGGUGUAUUUUCUAUGUGGAUCUGUGGUUCGUGGCAGUUUCUAGAUAGAAUAUCUAGUAGCUCACCUACUGUUUAUAAAAUUGAAAGAAAUGUCGAAAAAUAA